AUGCCAACCGGAGGAAUUCCAGCCAAGGCGCCGUCGAUGAGGGCAUUGACGGCAAGGUUGAAGCAGAUACAACUGUCGUUCAAUGACAUCUACCGUUUUACUCAAGCGUUUUCUGAAUCCAACAACAUUACCGAGGUGGAGGUACGUAUUGGGAAACUGGACAAGCUGUGGGAGAGUUACAGUGAAGCCAUGGUAGAGAUCUUCUCCCACGACGAGUACAACGCAGAGAAGACGACACUUGAGAAGGAACGCAUCGAGUUCAGCGAUCGUUAUUAUGAGGUCAAGUCCUUUCUAAUGGACAAGAUCAAGGAACUCCAGAAACCCCAAGCACUGGAGCAGUCCAUACGAACAGGUGAAGGAUCAACAUCGGCCACCAUUGAUCAUGUGCGCCUACCACAGAUCAACCUGCAUACCUUCAGUGGGAACAUUGACGAGUGGCUGAGUUUCCGCGACUUGUUCAUGUCGCUAAUCCACUGGAAGGCGGAUCUACCGGAGGUGGAAAAACUCCAUUAUUUAAAGGGUUGCCUUCAAGGAGAAGCCAAGGCCCUGAUUGAACCACUCUCGAUCACGGCAGCCAAUUACCAUGUGGCAUGGGAUAUGCUGUUAAAACGCUACAAUAACAGCAAGCAACUGAAGAAGCGACAGGUACAAGCUCUCUUCAAGCUACCCACACUUUCGAAGGAGUCCGGAGCUGACUUGCACAUCCUAGUGGAAGGUUAUGAACGGAUUGUGCAGACUCUCGAUCAGGUCAUCCAACCGGUUGACUAUAAGGAUCUUCUGCUGGUGAACAUCCUAACAGCACGAUUGGACCCGGUCACGCGUAGAGGGUGGGAAGAGGUAUCAUCAACAAGGGAGCAGGAUACUCUGGAGGAGCUAUGCGAUUUCCUUCGGCGUAGAAUCCAGGUUUUGGACAGCUUACCAACGAAGUCCAUCGACACUAAGGGUGUCGGCCAGUCGCAGCAACAACCGAAGUCGAAACCACAACCCGUGAAGGUCAGCUACAAUUCUCAAGCGUCUAGGGGACGCUGCGUUGCCUGUUCUUCGGAUCACCUUCUCCAUCAGUGCAAUGAAUUCCAGGGGAUGGCAGUAUCGGACAGGGAUGGUCUCGUAAAAUCCAAUGGACUCUGUCGGAACUGCUUCAGGACAGGACAUCACGCCAAGGACUGUCAAUCAAAAUACUCCUGUAGGAACUGCAAGGGACGUCACCAUACUCUAGUAUGCUUCAAGCAGGGCAAGGAAAAGGAAACCAAGGUUGCUGCAGUUGCUGGGGGCAGCAAAUCAUUCACUUCUGAGGACCAACAGAAGUCAUCUAGCUCAUCCGAUACGCAAGUGGCUAACGUGGCAGCCACGGAAACUGCAGUGUCCGCUGCAGCUCAUCAAAGAUCUAGCCAGGUGCUUUUGGCAACGGCAGUUGUGGUUAUCGAGGACGACGUUGGAAAUCGUCAUCCAGCUCGCGCUCUACUGGACUCGGGAUCCGAAAGCAAUUUCAUUACGGAGCGAUUGAGUCAGCGGUUACAGGUUGCUCGAAAUCGGGUUUAUAUUUCGGUAGCCGGGAUUGGUCAAGCGGCUACAAGGGUUCGGCAAAGGAUUCGAGCGGUACUGCGGUCACGAGUUUCUGACUUCUCUCGUGAAUUGAACUAUCUGGUUCUUCCAAAGGUUACGGUAAAUCUUCCAACAGCCACCGUCAAUACGGAUACGUGGACUCUACCAAGUGGGAUUCAACUGGUGGAUCCUACAUUCUUCGAACCGAGACAUAGCGCUCGAUACUGGCUCGAAACGUGGACAGGCAAACACGACGUGUUCGGCGGUCUCCUCUCCUCACUAGUUGGUCUGGAUGAGUUAAUUUCCCGCUUCUGGUCCUGCGAGGAGGUUGAUUCAGGCAAGGUUCACUCACUGGAAGAAAAAGAGUGUGAAGAUAAUUAUGUCAACACGGUUCAACGAGGUUCGGACGGUCGGUACACCGUCUCACUGCCAAGGAAUGAAGAUGCCAUCUCACGGUUAGGCGAGUCUAAGGACAUCGCAUACCGGCGUCUCCAAGGAACGGAACGCAGACUCACCAGGGAUCCGUCACUCUGUGAGCAAUACAACGCUUUCAUGGAGGAAUACGUCAAGCUCGGCCACAUGCGGGAGGUGGAUGAAACUGAACUGGUGGUAAAACGGUGCUAUCUUCCACACCACCCAGUGCUCAAGGAGGCAAGUACCACUACCAAGGUACGGGUGGUCUUUGAUGCGUCGUGCAAUACAUCAAGCGGAGUAUCUCUCAACGACGUCCUGAUGGCAGGAGCAGUUCUUCAGGAGGAACUUCGAUCUAUUAUUCUUCGCAGUCGGACAUGGCAGAUCAUGAUUGUCUCGGACGUAGAGAAAAUAUACAAUCUAUCACUGAAGGUUUUCGGUGGUUCCAUGUUCCUGGUACGCAAAAUCCAGCAGACCUGA